GUGCCCACUGCAUAUGCAAAAAAAGUGCUGUGCUUUGUGAAUGGUCUGGCAGUGUUCUGGGACCUGUCAUGUGUCUGCAGUCUCUGGUCUCCUGUACUACUCUGUCCUGCAGUCUCUGGUCAUUUCCUGUAGUAUGUCUGCAGUCUCUGGUCAUCUCCUGUACUGUGUCCGCAGUCUCUGGUCAUCUCCUGUACUAUUUCCGCAGUCUCUGGUCAUCUCCUGUACUGUGUCCGCAGUCUCUGGUCAUCUCAUGUACUAUGUCCGUAGUCUCUGGUCAUCUUCUGUACUAUGUCCGCAGUCUCUGGUCAUAUCCUGUACUGUGUCCGCAGUCUCUGGUCAUCUCCUGUACUAUGUCCGCAGGCUCUGGUCAUCUCCUGUACUAUGUCCGCAGUCUCUGGUCAUCUCUUGUAGUAUGUCUGCAGUCUCUGGUCAUUCCCUGUACUAUGUCCGCAGUCUCUGGUCAUCUCCUGUACUAUGUCCGCAGUCUCUGGUCAUCUCAUGUACUAUGUCCGUAGUCUCUGGUCAUCUCCUGUACUAUGUCCGCAGGCUCUGGUCAUCUCCUGUACUAUGUCCGCAGUCUCUGGUCAUCUCU